AUGCCGAAACUAGUCCCUAUCCACUCCUCGCCAUGCUCCCUUCGAUGUCCUCCACGCCCCUUGUCUUCCCUUAAGCCAACCCAUGCCAAUACCCGCCAGACGUUUGUUUCCUCACAUGCGCGAUUGCUGGCUCAGCCCCGGGAUGGAGUACUAGGUGAUCCCUGGCUGGUCCAGGCGUCAUCCUCGUCGUUCUUUUCGCAGACGGAUCCCCGGCCUUUGCCUUUGUUGGAGGGGCUCAACGGAAACCCGAAUAACGACCACAAACCACCUGAUAAACGAAUUAUAAAACUGGGAAAGACUUUACGAACCCUCUCGCCACUCCUCCCUACAAUCCUCUUCAACCCUCUACCUGCCACAAUCCUCUCCCCGAGCGUCGCCCUCCAUCUCUUCCCAUCGACCCAUCCGCAUCUCCCCACCGUCAAAGGCCGUACUCUCUACCGCGCCGCGUUAUGGACCGUCCCCGUGGCAUGGAGCAGCCUCCCCCUAGUCGGAAACGUCAAGCUACAGAUACUGAGCGAGCGGAUCGUUCGCGCAGGGACGGUGUUGGAUCCGGACCGAUGCAGCGAUAACGAUUGCGGGGAUGAACGGCUGGUCGUGCGGUGGAAGACGGAACCAAGGGAGGGGUCCGGGGAGCCUGGGAAUGCGCAGACUUCAGGCGACCUUCCCUCUGAGACGGGGAGUAUCGCAUCGUCGAAGAAUGGCAUUAACAAGGGUCUCAGCAAGUUGCUUGGUGGGGACGCUCCGAUCUUCAAAUUGUCCAAGGAGGAGCAGUUUACAGGACUAUUUAUCUUUUCGUUCGAUGAGGAAGGUCGUAUUUUAACGCAUACCAUUGAACACGCGGAUAAUGCAAAUGGCUGGGAUCGAACGGCCAAGUUCGUUACCCUGACAGACUGGUUAAUUGGGAAGGCGAGAGGGUCGCUGGAACCUGCGGCGCCUGGAUUGGCGAUGCAGAGUUGUCCAGAGUUUGGUCUCGAAAAAGGGCGACAUGCUUCUCGUCCAUAA